AAGGACCACAGCGAGAUGCAAAGGAGUUCUGAUGACAUUGUGGAGCCUUCUGCGCCGGAGGAGUCAGAUGUCUUCUUUUUUGGCCGCAUCGGACCACGCAAGGCUGACAUCCUGAGCGAGAACCGCGAGAAAUACGGCAAGAGGCACCGGCGUCCGAAUGGAGCACCACAAGCUGAUCGCAGAGCAGCGGGGGUUGGUGCUCGCGAGCCGCUCCCUCACAGCACCAAAAGGGUCGGCAGAGAGGCGAUUGACAAGGCACUCAGGACCACUUGCUGCUCCCGCGAGUGUAUGAAGCAGUUCAAGUACGAUGACCUGUACAAGCUGAGGAGCUCUGUCAACGACUUCUCUUGGACAGACCGCCACACGACUCUGCGUGACGACCUGACGGACAACAUGGUGAGGAGAAAUGGCCUCAGAGAGCCUUUGUGUCGUGUUGAGUGCAGCCUGGUUGGUGUAUGCAGGUAUGCAGUGGUUCUUUCAUCCAGCCCCGGUUCGAGUACCACGUCGCCGGCAAGCCGUGUUGUUCCGUAGCGUAUCGCGCUGCAUACGGCAUUGGCGCCUCCACACUCCAAUCCGCACGCGAGAACGCGCGAGAGGGACUGGAGCCCGUCAACAUGAGAGCACUACAACGCGACCGUGGGCAGAUGGCACGUAUGUGCGCUGCCAUUUGCGCGUAUGCUGAUCUCAUUGGAGAGACCCAGCCCGACAAAAACGAGGUGUGCUGUCUAUCUUGCAGUGCAUUUCUCUCUUGCAAUGCAUCUGUGUCUUUCGCACCCUGUUCUGAACUCAGAUACACAUGCCGUUUCCCUGUCGGUGUCUGUUUUUCAAGUGA